AUGUGGUUUGCUGAUGAGUUCAUGUUCAUGUUGAGUGAUGGACUACUUGAGACUGUGGGGAUCUUGUUCAUGACUACCAAAACUAUUGAGCGAUACUAUCGUAGCUCUUUUACUCCUCAAGACGAACACGUUGAAUGUGAAACUCAGAGCUGGUACCAAGAGGUGUCAAAGCUAAAGGCAAAGUAUGAUUCUCUUCAAAGGACCCAGAGGCAUUUUCUUGGGGAAGAUCUUGGACCAUUGAACACAAAGGAGCUGCAGAAUCUUGAGAAACAACUUGAAGGGUCUUUAGCACAACCAAGGCAAAGGAAGUCCUUUGUUCUUUUGGAAAAGGGA